CCGAGGGGCCCAGCGGGGCCGCCCGGGCCCGGGAACAGCCGGGAAGUCGUUUGGGGGUCUGGGACCCCUCGGGGUCUGAGCUCGGAGCUGAUGGGCCGAGCGCUGCUCUUGGGGAACCCGAGGGGCAGCAGCCUCAGGAUGCCCGGAGCAGCCCCGGCUCCGAGGACAAAGCCCGCAGGAGUUUUGGGACACUCGGCAGUGGUUGACAUUUGUCCCAAAACUCAGGUGGCCCCGUGAGGGUUGAGAUCUGUCCCUGCUCCGUGGCCGGUCCCUGUGGUGGCCCGGCUGUGGCCAGCAGUGGAAUGGCACUGUCCCCUCCCCAGAACACUGUCACCUCCCCAGAACACUGUCCCCUCCCCAGGACACUGUCACCUCCCCAGGACACUGUCACCUCCCCAGGACACUGUCACCUCUUCCCAUUCCCACCCCCAGCCCCCCGUCUCUCCACACAUCUCCAGGCCAUGCUGGGAGUGCAGAAGCAGAGGGUGACUGUCCCCUGUGCUCUUCCCAGCCUGUUCCUGCUCCUGUCAUUGCUCUGUCCAGGGGGUUGUGAGCAGGUUGGGAUGGCAGGGAAUGCUCCAUGGGACAGUGUUAGGCACUCCCAGUGCACUCCAAACUCCUGGAUUGCCUGUGGAUCCAGCCUGGUUUGAUAACCAGGAUCCAUAGGUAGAUGUAGGACUUUUACCACACUUGAGAGGCAUUCUGGGACCAGAUCAAAUUCCAUUCAUGGGUUCAUAUCUGUCUCAUUCCCCCGUACCAUUUGAUCCCCGAGCAGCAGGAAAACACUUUCAAAUGACUUUCCCCCCAAAUAUCUUGCCAGUCCCUAUGAAGGGAUUCCUGAGGGAUUUUAAGCUGGUUUAUCCUUGUAUUGGUAAGGGCCUGCUCCUCCAGCCUGUCCAGCCCCUCUGGGUGAUCCAUACAGCCAAAAGUCAGAAAUUGGCUCAGAGAAGCAGCUUGAAGCCUCAGUGUUUUCUCUUGCCACAUGUCCUUCCUGUCCCUGUUCCCUUUAGGGAGAUUGUGCUGGCCUCACACCUGAAGCCCCUGGAGAAGAAGGACAGGCUGGGACAGAGGAGGAAUGUGCUGUGGAAUCCCUGUGCAGCCCCGGCCAAGGCAGCACCUGCCCACGCUGUGGAGAUCCCACAGGAACUGGAUCAGCUGCCUGGGACUGCUGCAGAAUUUCACAGAGAUUGGCGCAGAUACUUGAAAAGUGGGACAGAGAAAUACCAGUUUUUGCUGGAGCUCGGAGGGGAGGCCUUGGGCAGGAUCUUCCAGGCUGAUGUGGGCUUUAGUCUCCUGGGGGAAUUCCUGACAGUGCUGGCAGAGAACAUCCAUCCCAGAGACAGAGCUGCCAUCCUUCAGAUCCUGCAGAGCCUGGCGGGCACCAAGCGCUUCGGGCUGAACGUGGCUCUCCUGAGCCAGGCCGAGAAGGAGAGCAGCCAGGAUUUGUUCAGGAAGCUGCAGAGCAGGGAUUGUCAGGCUGCUGGCCAGCCUGGUGGCCUGGCCAGCUGUGAGGCAGUGAGGGAAGCCCAUCCCGUGGAGACCCACUUGGAAAAGGAGACUGAGGAGGAGAGGACAGUGGUGGAGUUGAUGAAGUGUUACCAGGUCAGCUGAGGGAGCAGGAACACCAGGAUUGAGCAGAAACAGGGGAAAAGAGGCUUAGAAACAACUCAAAGCUUGACAUUGGCAUCACCCAAGUCACAAGUUCUGUACAAAUAAAGUUUAGUUCUCAA